UUCGCCUCAGAUUAGAAGCAACCCAGAAACCGAAAGCCAGUACUUGUCGGAGCUGCUAGCAGAGCAUCAGAAGCUUGGACCCUUCAUGCAAGUCCUUCCGAUAUGCAGUCGACUGUUAAAUCAAGCCAUUGCCUGAACUGUGGUGCCACAUUUGUCUUCUUAGUUCGCUUAAUUCUGAUGUUUUUCUUUGGGAAACUGGAAGCGUAUUGGAAGUUAAAACUGAAAUCAAGCCCGUUGUUGAUAAUGUCUGAACAUCUGAGUUUGUUGUGGGUGAUCCAGUUACCUAAUCGAUUAUGCCUUUCACAAAAUGUACUUUCAUAAUCUUGUACUAGAUUAUCAGUGUUUCUGCUCCAUGAUUUGUGGUUAAUUUGACAAUUAAUGUGUGUAUCAGUGCAAAGCAAACUGUUUUUUGGCAGCCAUUCUCCCCAAAUUUGAGUUUCUGCCAUCUUCAGAGUCUGAGUAGUUUCUACUCUCGGGUAUAUGGGGUUGGCAAAGAAUCUCUGCUGACUUUCAGUUCGGGCCUUUUGGAGGAUAGCUGUUAGCCUGCUGGAAUACUAUGCAGGAGAUAUUAAGGGUUUCAGGAAUGCUGUCCAACCAAGGAUUUGGUGACUUUGAUAGACUGCGGCAUAGAAGCCCUAGUCCUAUGGCUUCUUCGAACUUAAUGUCAAAUGUUUCUGGUACAGGUUUGAGUGGCUGGAAUAAUCUUCCUCCAGAGAGAUUAUGUGGACCCCUUGGAAUGACGAUGGAUUGGCAAGGUGCUCCUGCAAGUCCUAGUUCAUACACUGUGAAGAGAAUCUUACGCUUGGACAUUCCAGUAGAUACAUACCCCAAUUUCAAUUUUGUUGGAAGACUUCUGGGACCUAGAGGCAAUUCUCUGAAGCGAGUAGAAGCUACUACUGGUUGCCGUGUGUAUAUUAGAGGAAAGGGAUCGAUAAAGGAUCCAGAUAAGGAAGAGAAAUUGCGAGGAAGACCAGGCUAUGAGCAUCUCAAUGAACAGCUGCACAUUUUAAUUGAGGCUGAUUUACCUGCUAAUGUUGUUGAUUUAAGGCUCAGACAGGCGCAGGAAAUUAUAGAAGAAUUGCUCAAACCUGUGGAUGAGUCACAGGACUUCAUCAAGAGGCAGCAAUUGCGUGAGUUAGCUAUGCUGAAUUCAAACUACAGAGAGGAGAGUCCUGGACCAAGUGGUAGCAGUGCAUCACCAUUCAAUUCUAGUGGAAUGAAAAGAGCAAAAACCGGUCGCUAGAAGUAUUCAUUGCUGGAAUACACGGUUACUAUCGUCCUCCGGUAUAUCAUUGCUGGGAGUCUCUUCCCGUAAAUCUCAGUCAAUGCAGCUAUGAAGAGAAUAGGCUAACAAUUCUUGCUGUCUAGCUUUCUGGUGGUUCACUCCCCUCGGCCCUAUAACAUUUUUGUUAUUGAACAACAGGUGACGCAGCUGGAAAGAAGAUUUGAAAGGAGAAUAUAUAUAUAUAUAUAUAUAUAGUCGUGUAUUGGGUUUAGGCGGCUUCAGGUCAGUCUUUUUCUUUUAAACUUGAUACAUUCAUUGAAUUUAUUCUUGUGACAGUUGCUUUUUGAGAAAUUUGGAAUGAGUAUACAUGUUAUAUGUA